AUCAAACACAAUCACAAAUCUCCUGAGAAAGAUUAAGAAACCAACGUAACCAAAACCAAUCAAGAAUCGGUUUAAACAAGAAUCUUCAUAUUGGUCUUUCUUUGUAAACACUAAUGGCUUCAUUGCAACUUUCAAGAUUAGUUCUUUCGUCUUCUUCUUCUUGUUCAAGACCUAAAGCAGCAGUUUCAAUCCCGAAACUACCGAAAUUUCACGUCUCGGUUCCGAAAAUACCGAUAAAGAAGCAAACUUUAUCGGUUAAAGAACCGAUCUUUGAGUUUGUAGAAAGUCUUCCUCUUUCGUUGAAACAGAGGAGAGGCUCUGACUCUAUCCAAAGAGCGCGUCUUAAUGCGGUUCUUGAAGAAGUUAUGGAUAGGAUUGAGAUGCACAAGAACAUUGGAGAUCAACGUAACAAUUGGAACUCUCUAUUGCUCAAUUCUGUCAACAUGAUUACUCUCACCGCGGCUUUGAUGGCCGGAAUAGCCUCGGUUAAUGGUCACGGUGUAGAUUCUGUGACCGCGGUGAAGAUAGCUUCAACGGUGUUGUUAACCUCUGCAACGGGUUUCACUGCCUUGAUGAGCAAGAUUCAACCUUCGCAGCUAGCUGAAGAACAGAGGAAUGCGACGAGGCUGUUCAAGAAGCUGAGAGUCGAAAUCGAAAAGUUUCUGAGAGAAAACGAGGAGAUCGAAGAAGAAGAUGUGAAGGAAGCGAUAAAGAAAGUGUUGUCUCUAGACAAAGCUUACCCUCUUCCUCUAAUCGGAACAAUGCUGGAGAAGUUUCCGGAAGAGUUUAAACCCGCGACUUGGUGGCCUGAAAACAAAAGGGAAAACCCUAAAAGCGGUCUAGCGAAUGGGUGGAGCCAAGAGCUCGAAACGGAGAUGAGAGAAGUUGCUCAUGUGGUGAAGAGCAGAGACGCAGAAGAAUAUGAGAAAUUAGGUAACGUGGCGUUGAAGCUAAACCGGUUCUUGGCUAUCUCUGGACCAGUUUUAACCGGAGUUUCUGCAGUGAGCUCUGUUUUUAUCGGUCAAGAUUCCGGUUUAGCCGGAAUCGUGGCAAUGACUUGUGCUUCUUUAGCCGCGGUGGUCAACACUUUAGAACAUGGUGGUCAAGUGGGAAUGGUGUUUGAGAUGUAUAGAAACUCAGCUGGAUUCUUCUCUCUAUUAGAAGAAACGAUGAAAUCGACGGAGAAGAGAGAGAACGGACAAGUGUUUGAGACAAGAGUUGCGGUGAAGCUAGGGAGAAGCUUAUCGGAACUGAGAGAUCUCGCGAAAAGAUCGAAUCUCUCUCAGGUUGAGGCUAAUGAAUUCGCAAGCAAGCUUUUCUAGUUUUUGUUAGAGAGAACAUUCUUCAUUCUUUUU